UUACACUUGGAGUUUGGAGAAAGGGGGGCAUGAUUUUACACUUGGAGCUUGGAGAAAGAGGGGCAUGAUUUUACACUUGGAGCUUGGAGAAAGGGGGGCAUGAUUUGCACUUGGAGAUUGGAGAAAGGGGGGCAUGAUUUGCACUUGGAGCUUGGAGAAAGAGGGGCAUUAUUUUACACUUGGAGCUUGGAGAAAGGGGGGCAUGAUUUUACACUUGGAGCUUGGAGAAAGAGGGGCAUGAUUUUACACUUGGAGCUUGGAGAAAGGGGGGCAUGAUUUUACCCCUGGAGCUUGGAGAAAGAGGGGCAUGAUUUUACACUUGGAGCUUGGAGAAAGGGGGGCAUGAUUUGCACUUGGAGAUUGGAGAAAGAGGGGCAUGAUUUUACACUUGGAGCUUGGAGAAAGAGGGGCAUGAUUUUACACUUGGAGCUUGGAGAAAGGGGGGCAUGAUUUUACACUUGGAGCUUGGAGAAAGAGGGGCAUGAUUUUACACUUGGAGCUUGGAGAAAGGGGGGCAUGAUUUUACACUUGGAGCUUGGAGAAAGGGGGGCAUGAUUUUACACUUGGAGCCUGGAGAAAGAGGGGCAUGAUUUUACACUUGGAGCUUGGAGAAAGGGGGGCAUGAUUUUACACUUGGAGUUUGGAGAAAGGGGGGCAUGAUUUGCUGACAUAAUUAUAAUCUAAAUCCCACCUUAAUUUACUCAUUGUGACACACUGAGGUUCCAAACUCUGUUUUAGACCAGACUGACUUAAUGACCAAAAUUAUCCCAUUUACACUUUGUUGUCAAUUUUGACACGAUAAUAAAUGUUUCUGACUCAUAUUGAUGCCACAGGCCGUUUUUCAAAGGGAUUCGUUGUUUAGUUUUUUUUAAGGGGCCAGUCAUUCUUUAAUGCUUGUUUGUACUUCCUCAAUUGUUAUCUCAUGUGGGCCCAAAGGUGAACUUGACUUGACAUGUUUUGUCGACAGGCCACUUCUUUUACACAUGGUUUCCCAGCCUAUAAAUCUCAGGAGGAUCAGCAUCCUCUAUCUCACAUGAUGAUGAUGAUGAUGAAUUCUGACAGGACACAGUAGAGGUUUCAAACGAGAGGAGAGGGAAGUGAUGAUCUUUCUCGGGACAGAGUGACUGGAUACAGGAGUACAGCAGUCUUUACAGGUUCUCCACAACGACAUAACGAUGACGGUCUCCUACACCCUAGAAGUGGCCAAUGCUAAGUUUGGAGGGUUUUCCAAGCUGCUCUUCAGGUGGAGGGGAAGCAUCUACAAGCUGUUAUAUAAAGAGUUCCUGGUGUUCUGUCUGCUGUACAGCUUCUUCAGUGUUUUCUACAGGUUCUUCCUCACUGAGAAACAACAGUUGUUGUUUGAAAAUGUAGCCCUUUACUGUGACCAGUUUACCAACUUUAUACCAAUGUCCUUUGUGCUGGGUUUCUAUGUAACCCUGGCGUUCAACCGUUGGUGGGGUCAGUACACCAGCUUCCCCCUGCCUGAUAACCUGAUGAUGGUGGUGUCAGGGAACGUCCACGGGCUCGACGAGAGGGGCCGGCUGCUCCGACGCACCCUCAUGAGAUAUGCUAACCUCUCCUCUGUCCUCAUCCUGCGAUCCAUCAGCACUAGAGUACGCAGGAGGUUCCCAACCCUGGAGCAGGUGGUGGAUGCAGGAUUUAUGACACCACUGGAGCAUCGCCAGCUGGAUGGUCUGUACUCUGACUUCAACAAGUACUGGAUGCCUCUGACGUGGUUCACUAACCUGGCAUCACGGGCCAGACAGGAGGGCCGGAUCAGAGACGACGUCGCUCUACGACUUCUCAUGGAUGAGCUGAAUAACUACAGAGGAAAGUGCAGCCUGCUGUUUCACUAUGACUGGAUCAGUAUUCCUCUGGUCUACACUCAGGUAGUGACCCUGGCUGUGUACUCGUUCUUCGGCUUCUGUCUGAUUAGUCGGCAGUUCCUGAACCCUGAGAAGGGGUAUAAAGGUCACCAGCUGGAUUUGUACGUCCCCGUCUUCACCCUGCUUCAGUUCUUCUUCUAUGCAGGCUGGCUCAAGGUGGGGGAACUGAUCAUCAAUCCUUUUGGAGAGGACGAUGACGAUUUUGAAACCAACCAACUAAUUGACCGAAAUAUUCAGGUGUCCAUGCUGGCUGUGGAUGACAUGCACCAGAACCUGCCCCCAACAGAGAAGGACAAGUUCUGGGUGGAGAGAUACUUCUCUGUCCCCUACUCUACUGGUACUGAGACCCUCAGACCUACCUUCAUGGGCUCAACAUAUGACAUAAGCUUUGAAUCUGGUCAGGCCGUCUCCAUGCCCUUCGUCUAUAAGGAUGAGUGUGGUGAUGUGGACAGGAAGAUGAAGGAUGUGUCUUUAGUGAGAGACAGACAGCUGAAGGUGUCUCAUCUUCAGACAGAACGAGGGGAGGGGCAGUUCAAGGUGGCUGUGGAACUCAUCCAAGCCAAUGACAAUGAGCAGAGCUCUUGUUGAAAGAUCUGUGCAACUCGUUUAUGGGUUUUGUUUAUUUUUGGGGGGAUAAUUCAUGCAUUUUCCAUGCACCUGUGUGUCAAUGAUUGUGUGAAAUGUCUUCUACAAUCAUGUUUAGAUUGUUUGUUUGUAAUCCUGGUUAUUAAAAAAUGAUUUUGAAAAACAUUAAUUCUUAUUUUUAUGAAGAAUAUAAAAACCAUUAAAUUAAACAGCUGUGACAGUGAUGCAUGACUUUUAACUUUGAAGCCUGAUUCCAUGAUAUAACAUUGUAGAUUGAUUUCAAGAACUAAAUGAGAUUAUCUACAUAAAUGAAUAUACUGUAAAUUGUGAACCAAUCUGCCAAGACUGACAUACGUAUGUAAGGAAUAAAGGUGUGAUUCUUUUUCAUAUUUCAUUUUUUUGUAUUCUCUUGUAUUGUUUAUUUUCUGGUGUAUUUUUUACGCAAUGUGUUGUGUAAUUUGUAAGAUGCGGAGCUUUUUUGGUCUCAAUAGGACACCCUGUUAAAAUAAAGGGCAAAUAAAAAGCA